UGCAGUGUAAAAAGCAGUGAUUUGGCUAAGUAGAUCUUAGUGAUUUGGAAGCGAGUACCGCUGGAAGUUACCUCUGAUUUGGAGGCAGUUGCUUUCUUGUUUUGUGUUAAUUUGAGAGGCCGCAGGGAUGGGUAGAGGUAGCCAGGCAAGGUGGAUCACAAAUGAACCCACGAAUAGACUGGAGUUGUGAUUGAAUCCUUGGAAAUUGAGGACAGUCUUUGGAGGAUUGUCCUCUAGAUGAAGAUGAAGAUGCAUUUCAGGGCCUUGGAGAAGAAGAUGAGGAGAUUGAUCAGUUCAACGAUGAUACAUUUGGGUCAGGUGCAAUUGACGAUGACUGGCAGGAAGCGCACGAGCGCCUGGCCGAGUUGGAAGAGAAGCUACCGGCGGCAGCUAAUGAGCAAGCAGGCAAUGGGGAGAGGGACGAGAUGGACCUGCUCGGUGACCACGAGGAGAAUCUGGCUGAAAGGCUCAGCAAGAUGGUGAUUGAGAAUGAGCUAGAAGAUCCAGCUAUCAUGAGAGCAGUGCAGACCAGGCCAGUUUUGCAACCUCAACCAGGAAGUCUGAAUUCCAGCAUCUGGGAUGGAUCCGAAGUUCUGAGGCGAAUCCGAGGCCCACUACUUGCUCAGGAAAUGCCUACAGUGUCUGUGCUAGAAUAUGCCUUGCCGCAGAGGCCCCCGCAGGGCCCAGAGGACGAUCGGGAUCUCUCUGAGCGCGCCCUGCCGCGGAGGUCAACUUCACCUGUCAUCGGGAGCCCCCCCGUGAGGGCUGUGCCCAUAGGCACCCCACCUAAGCAGAUGGCCAUACCCAGCUUUAGCCAGCAGAUUCUGUGUCCGAAGCCUGUGCAUGUCCGGCCCCCGAUGCCACCACGUUAUCCUGCUCCCUAUGGCGAGAGGAUGUCUCCAAACCAGCUCUGCAGUGUCCCGAACUCUUCCCUCCUGGGUCACCCGUUUGCUCCCAGCGUCCCUCCGGUCCUCAGCCCCCUCCAGAGAGCACAGCUUCUUGGAGGCGCUCAGCUGCAGCCUGGACGGAUGUCUCCCAGCCAGUUUGCACGAGUUCCUGGGUUCGUUGGGAGCCCCCUUGCUGCCGUGAACCCCAAGCUGCUGCAAGGGCGAGUUGGGCAGAUGCUCCCCCCGGCCCCCGGCUUCCGUGCCUUCUUCAGUGGCCCGCCCCCCACCACACCGCCUUCGCAGCCACGCCCUCCCGGCCCAGGGCCACCUCUGCAAACCCUACGGUCUCAGGCCCCAAUGUUUAGAGCAGACACAACUCACCUUCACCCCCAGCACCGGCGACUCCUGCAUCAGCGACAGCAGCAGAGCCGGAAUCAGCAUCGGAGCCUCAAUGGUGCUGGAGACAGAGGAAGUCACCGAUGCAGUCAGCAGGAUCACCUCCGGAAGGACCCCUACGCCAACCUCAUGUUGCAGCGGGAAAAGGAUUGGGUCUCUAAAAUCCAGAUGAUGCAGCUGCAGAGCACUGACCCCUACCUGGAUGAUUUUUAUUACCAGAAUUACUUUGAGAAACUGGAGAAACUGUCAGCUGCUGAAGAAAUGCAAGGUGAUGGCCCUAAAAAGGAGCGCACCAAGCUCAUCACCCCGCAGGUGGCCAAGCUGGAGCAGGCCUACAAGCCAGUGCAGUUUGAGGGCUCACUGGGAAAGCUCACUGUCUCCAGUGUGAAUAACCCUCGAAAAAUGAUCGAUGCGGUGGUGCCGUCGCGGGGUGAGGACGAUGAGACAAAAGAAAAACAAGUUCGAGACAAGAGAAGAAAAACACUUGUCAUAAUUGAGAAAACCUACAGCUUGCUCCUGGACGUGGAGGACUACGAACGGCGUUACCUCCUGAGCCUGGAAGAGGAACGGCCUGCCCUGCUGGACGAGAGAAAGCACAAAGUCUGUGGCAUGUACGACAACUUGCGGGCCAAGCUGCCCGGGCAAGACAGGCCGAGUGACGACCACUUCGUGCAGAUCAUGUGCAUCCGGAAAGGGAAGAGAAUGGUCGCCCGCAUCCUCCCCUUCCUCUCCACAGAGCAGGCAGCUGACAUUCUCCUGACGACUGCUAGGAACCUCCCUUUCCUUAUCAAGAAGGACUCCCAAGAUGAGGUCCUGCCGUGCUUACUGCGUCCCUUCUCCGUGCUCCUCUAUCACCUUCCACCGGUGACGGUCACAGGCCUCCUGCAGCAGCUGAUGAACCUACCUCAGAGUGCAGCCGCGCCAGCGCCCUGCAAUCCUCACCUCACCGCUGUGCUCCAGAACAAGUUCGGCCUCUCGCUGCUCUUCACCCUCCUGAGCCGAGUUGAAGAUCUGCAGAGCUCGGAGCCUCUGACAGAGUCCUCGCAGAGUGCCCAGUGGACAGAGGUGAUGUUUAUGGCCACCCGAGAACUUCUACGGAUUCCCCAAGCAGCCUUGGCCAAGCCCGUCUCUAUACCCACAAACCUAGUGUCCCUUUUUUCUCGCUACGUUGACCAGCAGAAACUGAACUUGCUGGAGACAAAGCUGCAGCUGGUUCAGGGGAUCCGAUGAGGCCUCUGGCUGUUUCCCUACCUCCUGUGGCUGCCGCCUGCACUGCACUGCUCCAUGCUGCCUGCACUGCUCCAUGCCGUCGCACGCACACCGAGGGAGUGUCGUUGCAAAGGGGGCUGGCAGCCUGUCCCCAAGCCCACAUGCCGUGUGGGGUCGCAUCCCAAGGCAGGGGCCUCCCUGCUGCUCCAGGAUGUGUGGUGUGGCCGGGUGAUUCUCCUGCGGGUCUCCUCUUCACCCUCUGUGUUGCAUUUCUGCAUGUCCUUCACUCAGUUCCUCCCAAUUCUGCAUUUUCUUUGCCCUAGAGCCACAAAGAUAGUUAUCUCCCUUUAUUCCACCACACUACUGCAGUUCAAAGUAGAUCGCAGCCUGCCAAAGGAGUCCUUCCUCAUCCCCAUCCUCAUCCUCAUCCUGCUGAAGAUUUCAUUGUCCCGUAUGAACUUGGCUUUCGAGGGCUGAUGAAUCACACGCCCCCCUGGGUGUGCACUGACUUGGCUUCCCAGGGGGCCCUUAAAGAAGGAGUCUGAGGUUGAGAAAUUCCCAGUUGACACAUACCUCCUGCACACAGACCAGCAGACAUGCCCUUGCCCUGUGCCCUCCGCCGAGUCGUCUUUGUGGCGGUGGCGGUGGGUCCUCCUCGUUUUAAGCGUAAAUACAGGGUACGCAGCACUUUGGAUGAAAUCCGAAUUCUUACCUGGCCGCUUGGGCUCUGGGCUGAGAGGGCGGCUCUUCCCCCCCCCCCGCCCCCCUCCUUCGGUCCCAAGCGCACGGGUCGGUGGGGACACCCCGGGGUCCACCCCCGGCGAGCUCCUCUGGACGCUGGAGAGUGCGCCUCUCCCCUUUCCUUCUCCCCCUCCCCACGGGGACUUCGGGCCCUGCUCCCCUGCUGGGCCCGCACACGUGCCCGGCACCGCCCUAACCCUAACCCCAGGCAGCUGAGUGACCUCGACCUGGAGCGUCGCUCCCCCCACCUUGUGCAGCAGCCCGUGCUGGGAUGGGAUCGGAUCCUGCCGGCUGCCGCCCGAGGAGAAACUGAAACCCGCAUUGCCUUCCCGCCCCCACUCUUGCUGCCCUGCCCUUUGCGAAUGUAGUUCGUCAGGCCGAGGCGCUUCUGUUCCAGCGUCUCCGAGUGGCCGGUUGGCAUCCGGUGUGCACAGCGGGAGCCCUACGCCGCUGGUCGCUCUCCGGGUCGCUGUCCGGGUCUGCCCUCGCCCACCCCGCGUCCCCGCCCGACGUCAUCUACUGACCCCACCCCGGCCUCCCUCAGCCGAUCAAGUGAACACUUGAUGGUUAUUUUCCUUACUGUACUUUAUCUUGUUUGGUUUAAUUAAUGAAAAUAAAGGUUUCUAAAUUUACAUUUUUAUAGGGUAUUGUAAAUAAAAACAAAUUGUAUACUUGAA